GACCAACAAAAUUACUCCUGCAGUUAGACCACUCCUACAGUAUUUACUUUUUAGUUUUCAAAAUUAUAAUGCAUCAUCAUCAUUACCAAGCCCAACAACCAUUUUACAUCACCACAGCGUAGCAUUUAGGUUGGUCAGCAUCUUCUUAAUAUACCAAGCUUCUAGUUACAUAACUAGCUCCUGGUUGCUAGCAAGUUUGUUGUAUUAUAAUUUAUAAUCCCAGAUAUUCCACCAGGCAGAGUAAAAUAUAGUUAUGGAUCUGGAUACUCUGUUCGAUGCUGCCAUGGCCGGGGAUGCUGAUGCCACUGCCAAAUUGGAGAUGGAAGCUGAUAGACUGUUCAAAUAUGAUGAAGAAACUAUCCUUCAUCUGCAAUCAGUGAAGGGAAAUACAGAACGUGUGAGAUUCAUUUUGAGGGAAUUUCCACACAAAAAUCUUUUGACUAAGCUUAGUAAAUAUAAUCAUUCAGCACUUCACUUAGCUAUAUAUCGAGGAGGACACACCGAAGUGGCUCAGGUCCUCAUUGAUGCAGCUCGCCAUUUGCCUCCUCCUCCUCCUUCAGAUGAUGAUGAUAAUUCAGUGACUUCUUUUCAAGCUUUUCUCAGGCAAGGUGAUAAAGAUAUGGACACGGCCUUACAUGCAGCAGUCAAGUAUGGUCACCUGGAUAUUGUUAAGCUACUAGUAGAGGCCGACCCGACUGAUACACAUAUUCAAAAUGAUGACGGUAAAACACCCAUGUACAUAGCUGUGGAGAAAGGGCUCAACGAUAUAGCAGACAUUAUCUCUACAACUUGCACUGCACCAUCUUUGCUGGGGCCUCGUGGUAGUACUGUGGUGCGUAUUAAAAAUCUGGACCAAGGUAAGAGCCAGGGGGGAACAACAUACAAAAUUAUGGAUAGAUACGCUUUUUAUGUGGCGGCCAUUGAAGGAGAUGAUGAUGCAAUUCAUAAUUUGGAAAUGCAAGCUGAUAUAUUCAACGGAGGGGAAGAAACUAUCCUUCACGGUGAAUCUGAAAAUAAAUAUGCAGAACGUGUGCGAGUUAUUCUGAGGGAGUUUGCAAAAAAAAAUCUUUUGGCUACGCUGACUGCAGAGAAACAAACUGCACUUCACUUGGCAGCAAUAAAUGGACACACUGACUUGGCUGAGAUCCUCAUCGAUGCAGCUAGACAUUUGCCUUCUUCAGAUGAUGAUAAUACUCGUGAUAAACCAGUUACUUCUUUUCAAGCGUUUCUUAGGCAAUCUGAUCUGAAUGAGGACACUGCCUUACAUAAAGCAGUUUUGAAAGGGCACGCUCCUAUUGUUAAGCUAUUAGUAGAGGCGGAUCCAAGUGAUACACAUAUUCAAAAUUGGUCUGGUGAAACACCAAUGUACAUAGCAGUGGAGAAAGGGUUGAAUGAUAUAGCAGAGAUCAUCUCAACAACUUGCACUGCUCCAUCUUUGCUGGGACCUGAUUGUAGUAGUGUUGUGCCUAACAAGAAUUUGGACCAAGCUAAAAGCCCUGGUGGAACCCUCUAUAAAAUUAUGGACAAAGAUGCUCUGUAUUCAGCUGCCAUUGCUGGAGAUGAUGAUGCCAUAGCUGCAUUGGAGAUGCAUGCUGAUAAACUGAACAAAUACGAAGAAACUAUUCUUCACACAGAAUCCGAAAACGGAAAUACAGAACACGUGCAAUUUAUAUUAAAGGAGUUUGCUGAGAAAAAGCUUCUGGUCAAGCUUAACAAAUAUAAACAGACAGCACUUCACUUAGCAUCGUGUGAAGGACAUACAGAAGUGGCUGAGAUCCUCAUUAAUACUGCUAGACAGUUGCUCCCUCCUUCUCUAGAUGAUGAUAAUCCAGUGACUACUUUUCAAGCUUUCCUUUGGCAAGCUGAUGAUAAAAUGGAGACUGCCUUACAUGAUGCAGUUAGGAAGGGUAAUGUGGGCCUUGUUAAGCUAUUAGUGGAGGCGGAUCCAAGUCAUCCGCACACACAGAACAGUGAAGGUGAAACACCGAUCUACAUAGCUGUGGAAAGAGGGUAUUACGAUAUAGCAAAGAUGAUCUGUACAACUUCCACCGCUGCUCCUAAUUUGGAUGCUCCUGCUGGUAGGACGACUGUUUUACAUAUUCUUAUCAACAAUCUCGACAAAGCAGGGGCAGAAGAAGAAGCAACCGCUGUAAUUAAGUUAAUCAUUAAAGCAGUCAAACAUGCAAAUAAGCAUGGGACCUCAGACGAGAGAGAUCAAAGGUUAAUGCAGUUCUUUAAUAGGACUGAUGAGAAGGGACGUAUGAUUUUAGAACUGGCAGUAGAGGAAAAUCAUCUGGACGUGGUUAAACUGAUACUGGCAAAAAAUCCAGUUUAUGGCCGGCGCAUAUGGCGCAUGUAUCCUGAAUUGAUGGGUAUCAUGCCUUUAAUUUACAGAGCCAUGGAUAACGAGAAACAUGAUAUCGUCAAUUUACUCACUCAAACAUACCAAAGAGGAGUUCAAAUGAUGCAAUUCCAAAAGGAGGUCCAAACCAGGGAGUCUGCCAAUGUGCACCAAUUCAUAUCUGCCAAUGUGCACCAAUUCAUAUCUGACAUGGACAGGGGCAACGAAGAAUAUGUCCUCAGUGUGCUAAAUAAUUAUGACCUCAAAGAGCUUGUAACAUUUCAUGACAAUCUUGGAUGGACAGCACUUCACCAUGCAGUAUAUUAUCAACAUAAUUUGAUAAUUGACAAGAUAAUACAAGCACAAAAGAGAUAUGGGCAUGGAUUUGUAUAUCCAGAUAGGAUAGCCACACCGUUCCAUAUAGCAGUCCAGAAAGGAUAUAUGACUACUCUGCAACUUCUAUUAAAGUUAUGGCCAGCGACAUCUUUGACAUUUACUGGUAGUGAUAGAAAGGGGCAGAAUAUACUACAUUUGGCAGCAUUGCAAAGUGGAAAAGAGAUGAUACUGUGCAUUUUAAAAUAUUGUCCAGAAGUGUGCAAGGAGGACUUUGUAAACAAGAAGGAUGAUAAUGGGGAUACACCUCUUCACUUACUUAUCGGUCGUGGUUGCUUCAUUCCAGAAUUCUGUACAUACAAAGGACUCGAUACAAGGAUUGAAAAUAAGAAAAAAUGGACUCCUCGUGACAUGUUGUAUUUUGAAGAUCAAAUUAUGGAGGAUCAGGUACAAAUCAAAAUUAUACUUGAUGGUAUCCAAACGGAUCCUAUACGGGAUAAUAAGUUCUCCCGUUCCGUGGUCCCAAGUAAACGAAUGAGAAAAGAUGUGAUUUUUAAUGAACGAGCAAAACUGAUGAUACAUGAAAAGUAUACAGCAAUGAAAGAAGAUCCUGAUGUCAUUGCCAAUUGUUUUGCCGAUGCCAUUGGGGGAGAUCCUAUUUCCAAAGCUGCAUUAAGGAUGAAAGCUGAUAAACUGAACAAAUCAGGAGAAACUAUCCUUCACGUUGAAUCAAAGAAGGGAGAUAUAGAAAACGUGCGAUUCAUUGUGACUGAAUUUGCAAACAAAAACCUUUUAAGCAAGAUGGAUAUAUCAGAACAAACUGCACUUCACCUUGCAGCACAACAUGGACACACUCAAGUGGUUGAAGCUCUCAUUCAUGCCGCAAGACUUGUGCCUUCUUCGAAUGAUAGCAAUGUUCAAAACAGUGAAGGCAAGACUCCAAUCUACAUAGCCGCAGAAAAUGGUUACAAAGAUAUAGUAAAGGUGAUCUGUAGGGAUUGCAAAGCUCUGGUUUUAGAUGGUCCGGGUGGUAGGACAACUGCUUUGCAUGCUCUCAUACAGAAUAUAGACCGAGCUUGUACUGAUUACUUGACAGAAGGAACAGAAGGAGAGAGCGAUGUGAUUCGGAUGAUGGUUGAUGCAGCCAAACGCUGGAGUAGUGUACAGGAUUUUGAAGCAUUAUUUAGUAGAACAGACGAGCUGGGAAGAACUGUCUUGCAAAUUGCUGUGGAGAGAAAAGAUGUGAACGCUGUUAGACUGAUACUGAAGGAAGAUCCCGCCAAUCAACCUGGUGGUGAAAUGAAAAGAAAUGGUCUCAUGCGUUUAAUCUGCAAGGCCAUUGAUGACGAGUGUAGUGAUGAUAUUAUCAAAGCACUCUCUCAAACAUACAAAGCUGGAAUAAAGGACCAUGAUCCCAACGACGUGCUUGACUUAAUUCGUGCUAUUCAAGAGCUUGAUAAAGACUCUGUAUUAAGUCUCUUGGGAAAGGCCAAAAAGCUUGUAACUUUUAAAGAGGAUAAUGGGUGGACACCACUUCACUACGCGGUGUAUUACGAAUUUGAUGCCAUACUUGAUGCCCUAAUAAAAGCACAAAAAGAUUUGGAACACCCAUUUGAUUAUGAAAAUAUGGAAGCAACUCCAUUUUAUGUAGCCAUCGAACGUGGAUAUACUUCUACGUUGGUACGACUUAUGGAAUUAUGGCCAGAUUUGUCUUCUGAUGAGUGCUCUCCAUACACACUCGUUACUCAAGAUGAUCAAAAUAUACUACAUAUGGCAAUUGUUGCUCGGGUUGGUGAAAAUAGAAAAGCUGUUGCAACUGCUGCUGAUAGUAGAAAAGAGAUGGUACAAAUGGAAUUAUGGCCAGCUUUGUCUUCUCAUGAGUGCUCUCCAUACACAUUCGUAACUCAAGAUGGUCAAAACAUACUACAUAUGUCAGCUGUUGCUUGUGCUGGGGAAAAUAGAAAAGCUGUUGUUGUUGCUGAUGCUGUUGAUAAUCGAAAAGCUGCUGCUGAUAACAGAAAAGAGAUGGUACAAAGUAUUUUGAAAUAUUGUCCGAAUAAAUACAUGGACAAGAUUUUGAAACAAAAGGAUAAAAAUGACGAUACUCCUCUCCAUCUACUUAUCUCCCAUGGUUGUUUUAUUCCGGGACUGAUAAAGCAUAAAGGACUUAAUACAAUGGCAAGAAACAAGAGAGAUUUUACUCCUCGGGACAUGCUCUAUGUUGAAGAUGCUACUGUUGCCGAUCAGGUGCAUAUUAAAAUUGCCCUUGACGAGGUCCUGACUAGUAAAUCAGGCUGGAAGCUUUGGGGUAAAAGAACAGAGAAGAAAGCGGAUAUUUGGAGAUGUAAUAAAACCCCCCCAAGUAAACGAAAGGAAAAGGAUGUGAAAUUUGAGGGAGAGAAGAAAAUUUUAGAGAAACAGAGGACAAAGGAUCGAAAAACAUAUAAAAUGAGGACCAACACCCAAAUACUAGUUACUGCACUGACAACCACAGUAACUUUUACGGUAGGAUUUACUAUGCCCGGUGGUCUCCAUCAAAGUGGAGAGGUUGACGAAGGACUAGUGGUUCUUUCCAGAAAGAGAGCUUUUACUGUAUUCAUGGUAUCGGAUGCACUAGCUCUACUCAUGUCAACAUCUUCAUUGUUUUUCUACUUCCUUGAGUCGAUGAAUGAAGAUAUCCACCAAGUGUCACUGCUUAAUGCUUCAUCAACUGUGCUUAACAUUCUUUCUAUUUCGGCAAUGAUGGUGACUUUUAUUGCAGGGACGUAUGUGGUCUUAUCCGACACACCAGUUCUUGCCAUAGCCAUUUGCAUCAUCGGUUCUCUCUUCUUUCUUCUUAUUCUUGUUCUAUGGAUCAUCAAGAUAGUAUUUGAUCGUUACAAAAGAAAUAAAGAUUGAGUAUGCAUGUCGUUAUUUGAACAUGUUUUAAUGAAUCUUCAGAUAUCA